UCCACUCAGCUGUUCUCUUUCAAAUCAAAAUCGGAUUCCACUCCAUAGAUAAUACAUUUCAUAUCAUCUUUUCCUCCCACGAUGCGCCAAAAUGACUUGUCAUAAUAUUAAUGAUGGAAUUGAUGAACAGAACUUUGAUUUUUAGCAUUUUACUUGCCUAAAUUCAUAUAAGUUGGCAGCUCUGUCCGCUGCGCUGAAUUUUACACAAAAGUCUUUGUUUUUUUGAGAGGUCCGAAUCCGGAUUAAUUUGAUCAACUCUAGGCUGUACGGAGAUAAUAUGCGGGCGUCUGUUAUCACUCGCACUUGUGCCAGUGGAAGUCGCCAGCGAGCAGAACAGCUGCUGCCCAGAAACAAAAGCAAAAAGCGCAGCAGCGAGAGACCCGUCGAGCAAUAACAAUAGUCUAGAUAGAAUCGCAAUCAGCAGAGCCACAGACCCACAGAAGUCACAUUCAUUCGGUGAGAGAAGGAGGCCUACUUAGAACUCGCCCACAGUACAAUGAACCGCUCGUGAGACGGGAGCAAUCACACCCAGAAGAGCAUCAGACUUGAGCGGCGGAGCAACCAACAGGUGACCCUACCCUACCCCCAAGAUGACGGCAAAGCAGGAUCAGCAGCAUGAGGAUCUAUGCCAGUUUUUGGCCUUACUGCCACCCGAACAGCGAAAAGUCUUUCAAGACUUUAUCCAAUGCCUCAAUGGCAUUUCAAGCGGAUCUGUGCAGUCCUAUCAAAGCCGAUUGCAAGUAUCACUCCACGAUGCGCCAUAUCCCACGCUUCAGAUACUGCAGAUACUCCACGAAAGGUCAAAGUUGCACAUUGGAAAGAUCAUUAGUGCGGUGCUCAAUGAAAUACUGGCAAACGAUAUCACAUCACGUUCUCUUUGUGUGCUGGCAAACUUUCCGCCGAGCAUUUUAGAGGCGGCUACUUUGCGGCAGAAGCUUAUGACGCGUCUUGUGCAUGAAUCAGCCACCAGCGAGCACUUGAUACUCGCCCUUUUGGCACGCCAGGACGAAGGACAGCUCCUGGACCAGCUGCUGCGUGAGCAACAGCAAGCCAUUCGUCAGCAGUGCAGCGAGGGGCCACCCACAAGGCAGCUGGUUCUGUGGCUUGCACUUGACGAGCGGGAGAACUUUGUUCCGACGCUGUGCCGGCAGCUGAAGGACUUUGAGUGCUUGGCGGACAAAACCUUGAGAAAUACUCUGCUGAUCCUGAAAUUGGCCAAUGAAUUUGCACUCGGACCGCAGACUGUGGACGAGUUGGGCUACCUUGACAAGGCUCUGGCCGCCUUUGAUGUGGCUGCCGUUCCGGACGAACUUCAGCCCGUUCAUCAGUUCUUCUAUGCGGAUUUCCAACGUCUGUCGGUGCUCUUGCAGUUCCUGCGCGAGCGAGAGGCCAGCAAAUCGCUGAAAGUAGAUGCCCUAUUACGGGCCCCGGGCGUCCUUUCCCUGAUUCAUGACCACAACAUCCGAUGUGAUAGCCAGGAGCUGUUCAAGCUGGUCGGCGACACCUACAAGUGGCAGCAGCAGACUCCUGAACUGAAAUGCCUCCACCAGCAGGAGAUGGAGACUCUCAGCUACUAUACGGCUCUCGGCCACGUCUACAAUCUGAUAUUGGACCAGGAUGAGGGGUCCACCAUCAAGUCGAACCUGCUGCAGCUAUCCAGCCAGCUGCGGCAGAUCCAUCAACUGGGAACCCUGUGCUCCUUGCUCGAGGACAUCUUUCUGCUCGUAUUCCUGCGCUGGGAGCAGCUGGAGCAGACCACACAGCGUCGCUGCGAGAACAACAACGACAACGACGAGGAGGAUGAUGACGAUGAGCAGUAUGUGGAUGACGAGGCACCCCACACGUCACCACGACAGGCCCACAUGCCGACCCAAAGGAUAAAGUAUGGCUUCAUCUGUAGAGCACCUUCCCUGCGAGUCCUUUUCACAUUCCUCAAGAGCUUCGUCACCAAAAAGCUACACUCGCAGGACUACAAAUGCGCCACCGACCAUCAGCCGCGAUUCCAGCGACUUGUGGAUGCCAUCAGCGAGGCCAUUUGGAAGUUUGGUGUCCUCCAAAAGAUCGAACAAUCCUUGGCCCAGUCUGCUCCUUCAUUGAGCUGCCUCCUGGAGCCGGAGCAACUGCUGCAGUUGGUCCAACUGCAUAGCAGUGCCAGGGAGAAGGCUUCCAGCGAUGAUGAGAGCCGGGAGCGCAGCAAUCAUGCCUCCAGUCUGACGCGGCGCAAGGCUAGAAAACAGCGCCGGGCAGUUAGUUUUAGUGGGACUGCGGACAUGGAACAGUAUAAAGCUCGUGCGCAGAUCCUGAGCGGAGACAGCAGCACAAAGAGAGGCGUCGCCCCUAAUGAACGCUCCAUUAUUCCAAAAAUGCUGAGCACGCCCGAACAGCUGGCCAUCAUGUCUCUGGCCUUGAAGAACUUUAAAGAUGUCAAGCAGAUCAUAGAGACCUUUAGCCUGGAGCACAGCCAACUAAAUCGAGAACUGCAGUUCAUGGAGCAGCAGCAGCUUAUCAAACAAAAGCUGGCCACCAUUUAUUCAAACUAUCGGGCACUGGAGGCCAGGGCCGGCAGCCCUGCCGGCACCACUGUAGAGCAGAUCCAGGGCGUGGCAGCCAAGGGAUUUGAGCUGUCAAAGAUCAUCAGUGUGGUGGACAACUUCGCGCAGGCCCAAGCCCAGCGACUGCAGCAGAGCCCCGAGCUGAAGAGCCUCAUCCAUCGGCACAGCGGCCAUGGACAGUAUGGCUUCCUGCAGCAGUUUGAAGAGCGGAAUCUCAAUGCGUUGAUCAUUUGUGAUCUGAUCGUGAAUCUGGGUUUCAAUCGGGAGAUUACCUGCAAUCUGCUGCUGGUUAUACGCCGCCAGCAGAAGCAGCCCGCGGCAGACGAGGCAGCAGCAACACCAGCAUCCUCUGAAAUUGGAGCCAUGAAUCUCUUGCAGAAUUUGUGCGAAUGCAUGCGCCUGUUGGAGCGUGCUGGCCGCCAGCCGGCACUCAACGAACUGCUCUCCCUGCAAUGCCAGCCCCUGCGACCGUCUGUGCUGGCUCUGCAGCUCCAACGGGAGACUGCUUUCUUUACCCUGUACGGCAAAAAAUCCUCGGACUACGCCCAUUCCUCGGAGCUGCGUGCCAAUGGAGUGCAUUUCCAGCAGCUUCGCUCGCGCCACAAUUAUUACGCUCGAUUCUGCGGGUACAUCCAGCAAUUGGCACGUCUCCUGAAGCUGCGGGAUCCCAAUCUGGAGUACCACAACAGCCAGCUGCUAAGGAAUGAUCCCUACGAUGUGAUUGGAGAGCUCAUCUACGAGUGUGACAUCACUCCCCUGGAGAUUGAGGGCAAUGUGGCUGCUCUGCAUCUGAAUCUGGUGCAUGUGAUUGCUCUGAAUAUCUGCCCCCAAAUGGGCGAGGGUCUGCGCAGCCGUAAACUGCCACGUGUGGUGUCUCCACAGAAGCAGGAGUCCAUCCACAACUACAUGGCACAGCACAACCAAUUGCUGGCCCAACUGCUGAUGACCGUGCAGCUCGGCCAGCAGCUGCCCGAGUCCAGCGAGGGAGGAUUAGACUUUGCCUGCCUCUCGCAGCUCAUGCGGCUGCCAGAACUGGAGAUUCUGGCUACGAUGCACGAGGGCAAUCGGUUGCUGGCUGCCUUGAGUGCCUAUAAACUGGAUAGCCAUACCCUGGCGGAGGUGGUGACCAGCAAGGAGCUACUGCUGCAGAUUCUACUGCUUGGGAUUGGUGGACAGGCGGAGUCUUCGGAGGAGCUUAAGUCCCGCAUAGAUCAUCUCAUACGGGAUCUGAUCGAAGAGGAUCCUCGUAACAUACAGCUGGUGGUGCACAUGAAUGACCUGGGCCAAAGGGCGCGUCUGCUGAAGCAGCACUUUACCAAGAUACCCAGCAGCCAGCUGGCCAAAGAGCUGAUCGAGCGUACGCUGCAGCAUCGCAAGGCGGCGGAUUCCAUCCAACCGGCGCUGCGCAGCCAGCUGGAGCACACGCUGUCAGACAUAACGAUAUAUGCGCGCGUGUCGGCCCUGCUGCAAUUCGAGAGCUGGCCACAGGCCUAUGAUUUUGGCCGGCAGACGCCGAAUGUGAUCUUCGAGCAGCUGCUGCAGCGACGUCGCUAUGGCCUGUGUCUGGAGUGGUGCCGCGUGGUGUUUCAUUCCGGAUCGGAGGGGCAGCAGAGGGUUUGUCUGCUCACACUCUUGGAUGCCCUGCUGGAGCUGCGGGAUGGAGAGGAGCUGGACGCCUCAUUACUGGGCAUCGUCGAGAUGUUUCCGCCCAUGUCAUUGGUCAAUUUCCUGGACACGCACAAGGACAAAUUCCGUUCGCUGGCACUGCUCCAAUGGGUGAUUGACUAUCUCGAACACCAUGCACGUGAUCCGCGUCCUUAUCGCAAUUACCAGCUCUCCUUGGUGCUGCUCGGGCACAUGGAAGGGGUCGAGCGUCAGCAGUUCUGGCGCCUGCUAAGGCAUCCGCUGUUGAUCGUCGAACAGCUGGUGAUGAACGCCCGCUUUGAGCUGCUCUCGAAGCUCCUGGAAGCGGCACGAGACCGACUACAGCGUGAGAAGCCUUCGGGUCCGUGUCCCUACUGCUUCGAGAAGCGUGGACAUGCGUACGAUGUGCAUUCGACAGCCACACAGCCGGGAAAGCUGCGCUUCCAGUUGGGUCAGGCCACAUCGGAGGCGUUUAUUCUGCUCAACUUUAACUCCUACCAGCAGGAUCAUUUUGUAGGCCCGGAGUGCCUGGACCUGCUGCUGAGGAUCUAUGCCAGCAAAGCGCUCGACUACCGUUCAGUGCCCUCCUCCUCCUCCGAACAUAGCUCCCUGGGCACGGAUCUGCAGCACUCUCUAGACUCGCUGUGCGGGGCUUUUGUGAUGCCCAAGCAAGCGCCCGCACGACAACAGUGGACGCCAGAUGAGGCAGCCAGCCAUUGUAUGUGCUGCCGAAGGGCAGCCUUUACCAUGCUGAUGAGGCGCCAUCACUGCCGUCGUUGCGGGAGAGUUGUAUGCUUUGCCUGCUCCGCACAACGCAUGCGGAUACCAGAGCUCUACGAUGAGCUGGAGGUGCGCAUCUGCAACGACUGUGCCAGUGCCAUCAGCACCAACGCUAAUGGAGAGGGAGAUCAAAGCGCAUCGUGGGAGCAAAGCACUGUGUCGGGCUGCUCUUCGCUGGUGGAGUCAAGCAAGUGGCGCCUUAGCGGCAACAUCACCCACGACAAGCUAAUGCGCGAGGAAUUCUCCUACGAGCAUGCCCCCAGCGUGGCCAUGAGUCUGUCUAUACUAAGACACCAUCAGGAUCAGAGGACAUGCGUAGAGCUGUUGCUCUACCACUGUCGGAAGUUGGAGAAGCUGAUUGACCCGAAUCCAGAGGUGGACUACGAAUUGGUGGCCAAAAUGAUCAAUUGUCUGGCAUUUGCAGCAAAGGUUCGUGGCGCGCCCGGAGAGUUUGAAAAUAUACGCGAGCACUCGGAAAUCAUAAUGGCUGUGGUGCAGCAGGGCUGUGAAUCCCUCCUACCCGUUGGAGAACUCGGUAAUCACAAUUUACGCAAGCUAGCCGAUGCCUUGGUCGAGGCCGAGCACUGGACCUUGGCGCUCGAAGUUCACCUCAAAUGCGGUUUUGCCACAACGGGCGUGAUGGCAGCCCACGGGCUGGCCUGUCUGCGUGCUGGCUGCUACGAUGCGGCUCGUGAGAAGUUUGGCCAUUGUAUGACGCGUCUGUCCAAUGAGCAGCUCAAUAGCUGCAUCUACAAGAGCAUAUUCGGCACGGGAACGACUCAAACAGACCCCGUGCUGCUGCCGAGAAAGCGACCGCAGCGGGGGCCCGCUUUGCUGCAGGAGAUCUUGCAGUUGAUUGAAACGUUGCCACACAAUCAGCCCCAGCCGGAGACCCUCCAUCGAGCCUCGCUCAUCCGCAAUUCAAACACUUCGCUGGCCUCGCUCUUCACACGACGCCGCGAGCCCUACAUUCAGCAGCGACCGCUCCAAGAACCCGCUUUGAAUGUGAUGAAUGCUUUGGCCAAUCUGAAGAACAUUGCCAAGGGUCACUACGGGGGCCAUGGCCAUGCGGUGGUCAGCGAUGAGAGUCGCCGCCAGGAACGUGGCUUUGAGGAAUCCCUCCACUAUGUCCUUACCUACGGCAGCCAAGGAGACAUCCUGUCGUUCCUCAUGCAUCGCGAAGAGCUGCGCGCCGCCCUCCGCUACUGGCAGCAGCAGCAACUCGACACGGAUCUGUUUAUUCAGCACAUUUUUCAGCUGCAAUUGGCCACCGGCAGUCUACCUGCUUUGGUGGAGGAGCUGCAGCAAUUGGAUGAUCCACAGUUGGGUGCCUGGCGGCGACCUUUGCUCCAGACCUGUCGCCAUCUGGAGCAGCAGCAGCAAUUGAAUUCACUGUACCAGCUCCAGCUGCUGCUCAAGGAUCCCAUACGGGCGAGCAUGACCUGCGUGAAGUUCUAUCCACUGCAGUGCGAGAAUUUCCAAAAGUUGCAGGCCAAUGCCCAACACUUGCUGGCUGCGCACAUGCAUCUACAGGGAGAAUUGGACCUCGCCGAGUGGGAGCACCUACAGAGACAGCAGCAGGGACGACGCGUGAGCGUCGUGAGCGCCCAAGGGAGCAGUGGCAGCAGCCAUGGGGCCUGCUUUGCCAUGCAGAUGGAUGCACGUGCACUUAACGGUCACAUUAACACCAUUCGACGGCAGAUGGAGGUGGCCAAAUUCCUGUCGCAGUGCGAGAGGGAACAGUCGCCCGACGAGCAGCCCCUGAGGACUCUGCAAAUACUGAAACAGAUCCGUCUCGAGUCCAGUCGGGCUACGUUGCCUACUUUAUUUGAGGGAGCAGCAGACAGAAUUCAGCUGUGCAUCCUGGUCCUCCUGUGCGGCAAGAAUAUUGACGAGGGUUUCGGACUGGCAUACGGCAUCUUACAGGACUACAAACUGUCAGCCAUGAAGGUGUUUGGAGCCACAGCCAAGUAUUUGGCCCGGAAUCAACGCCUCUCGGAGGUGGACCGUCUGCUGGACUGCAUUGGGAGCAACAAUGGUGGCGCCAUCACCUCGGAAUCCGACGAGAUUCUCUCGAUAGCCAUCAAUGCGGCCGUGCAUAGCAAUUUGCCUGAGACAAAGCAGACCCUGGACAGGCUAAUCAAGCGCAUCUCGAAUGUGGAGCUCCGCAUUUCCUCCUACAUAUACAUUGGCCAGCUGAAGUCCGCCUACUUGCUGGCCAACAAGCACGAGCGACUGAGUGAUAUACGUAAAAUUCGCUGGCAGGCCGAGCUCACCAAUCAGAUACACAUCAAAAAGCUGUGCGACUUGAAGCUGCAACUAACUGUAGCGCCAAACUCGGCAGCCUCAACGUCAACGUCAGCUUCAGCGCCAAAGCCUCUGUGAUAAAGUGAUAAAUAACCCCCCCUUCAUUAUACGUUAUUAGUACCUAUUUUUGGGAUAGAAUAUAAUAAUUUGUAGUAGCUAACAUUUACCCUAGAUAAGUUUUAAUCUUUCCAAAGUCCCAUCCCAUGGCAUAGGCAGAGGCAGUGUCAUGCUGCUGCUGUCCAGCAAGUAUUCUCUCAUCAAAACAACAGCUCAAAGACUUCCUUAAGUAACCAAAUUAUAUUAUUGUUUGUAUUUUAUUGUAUUUAUCUCAAUUUUAUCAAAGUUUUUUAUUUUAUUAAAUCAUGUUAUAUAUUCCCACAA